CACCUGCUGCACGAGAGGACCGGAGACGUCACCGUCUUGCGUCCUCGAGAGAGAGAGCAGACUUACUGAUAUUUAACAGGCUGGAUAAACAACUUUGCCAACUUUAAACAUCUGUAACAGACAGAGACGUUUUAUUUUCUUCAGUAUUUUCUUCACGUCACGGUGAUGUCUCUGGCGGUGUGCGGGAGCAGCACUGUCCGGUUGGUGUUCCUCGGGGCGGCAGGGGUCGGAAAGACCUCUCUCAUCCUUCGGUUCCUGCACGACCGCUUCGAGCACAAAUACACCCGCACGGUAGAGGAACUGCACGCGCUGGAGUACGACACCGGGGCUGGGAAAGUGCGCCUCGAGAUUCUGGACACUAGCGGCAGCUACUCCUUCCCUGCUAUGCGCGAGCUUUGUAUCCGCCACAGUGACGCUUUUGUGUUAGUUUACGCAGUGGAUGAUCCUGGGUCGCUUGAGGAGGUGCGGAGGCUCCGCGAGGAGAUCUUGGAACUGAAAGGCGGCAAGUGCAGCACGCCCAUCACCGUGGUUGGCAACAAGGCGGAUCUGAUGGAGUGCGAUGGGCGCGUGCUACCAACAGCGGAAAUUAUGGCUAUGGUAGAGCUGGAGUGGAACGCGAGCUUCGUAGAGGCGUCCGCGCGCACCGGGGAGAAUGCGGUUGAGCUGUUCCGUGCUCUGUUGCAGCAGGUGAACCUACCGUCACGACUGAGCCCCGCGUUGCGCAGGCGGCGAGAGACUGUACCCCGCGAGAGCCCUAAAAAGAGACCUCCUUUGAAAAAGAACAACAGCUGUAUCCUCUGCUAAUGUCUCUCUGUCUCUCUGUCUCUCCCUCUGUCGCCCUUUCCCUCUUUCUCUCUAUCUCCCCCUGUCUCUCUCUCUCUCCCUCCGUCUCUCUCCCUCUAGCAGAGCAGCUGGUCUGUUCAUGUACAGGUUCUUCCUCCCUCUAUUCAUACCCUGUGUCAGAAUUAAUUUCUUAAUUUUUUAUGGAGAGGAGCAGCCAAACUCUAUCAGUGUCUGCUUGAUACGCAGGGAAUUCUGGGUAGUGUAGUAAAAUUCUCUGAACUAUUUACCUGGUUCUCUGUCAUGGUAUCAGUCAAACAGUGUUGGUUUAUGUUUUUUAAUUAUGAAUAAAUUCCAA